CACUUCUCUUUGUGCUUAAUCAUAUCUGUUCUUUAUCCUCUACAGGAAAAUCCCGAUCUGUGGAAGUGGCUGACCAGCCAGGAGGAACCCCCUGAGGCAGUGAAAGUAAAUCCUAUAUUCAUUGCUGUGUGGCAAAAGGUGACUAGCAAUCUUGAAAAUCAUGCUGCACCAGGAACUCGUGCUACGCCUGGUCAGUCUUGGGUGAGAGGCUGGGAUGACUUCAAGAAGGGUCGAGACGGCCCUAUUUCUGGAAACCAGUAGCUUCACAAGCUCAAGGUGUCUUGAGCAGCAGAUAGAAACUCUAUAUAUAUUGUGUGAGGAAAUCUCAUUACAUAAAAUUUCAUUUGAGAAGAAUAAGGAAAAAAAAUUGAAUUGAACUAUUAGACUUAGCAGCUACUUGAGUCUUUCUUCUUAUAUACUCCUAUAAAUAAAAUAGGGAAUGAAAAAAAAUUAAAUAAUCGAAGGGUGGGAUUAUCCCGCCGCACCAUCCUUUCUGUCAAUAUAAUGAUUGAAGAGUGUAUGAUUUAAGUA